CAUCCCGACGUCUUUCCCUUCCGCGAGCUCCGUGUCGCUGGAGUCCCGUUACCGGCACCGGAACCCCUCCGAACCUCCCGGAUUACAAUCAGCUCAGCGGGAAUUCCUGCUGUUCGCCUCUUCCUCGCUUCGGGAAUCCGCUCCUGAGUCGGACCUUUUUUUUUCUUUCUUUUUCUUCUCUUUUCUUUUUCCCCCGUUUUUGCCAUUUAGAAGUUGCGAAGCGCGAGCGCUCCGGCUGUGUUUCCGCUGGUCUGGAGAGAACGGCACCAUCUUAUUCUUCUUAUUCUUCACAAACAGGCUUCAUUUACACUCAAGUGUUUUUUUGAGGAUUAAAGGUUUUACAAGAAAGAAAGAAAGAAAGAAGGAGGCAUCAAGACGCAGUGGACAUGUAGCGCAGACAACACGCUCUCAAGAUCCCACUUCCUGUCCACCCCUCAGCUUGCUCUCGGAAUGGGACUGCACCUUCUCAGAGUGCACUUCUUCACUGGGGGGUGUGUCCAUCCCUGGGCCGAACAGACAGCAUAGACCCCCUGCAGCAUUCUUUUGACCUGCCCUGUCCUUGGUGUGACCCUGCCCAGCCAUGCCUUUCAGGCUUCUGAAGCUGCCUCGUACGAGGCGCUACAAUGUCCUGAGCAAGAACUGCUUUGUGACUCGGAUCCAACUGCUGGACAAUCACAUGAUCGAGUGCACGCUGUCUGUGGAGGGGACUGGCCAAGAGUGUUUAGAAGCAGUCGCUCAGCGUCUCGAACUGAGAGAGACACAUUAUUUCGGCCUGUGGUUUCACUCUAAAGCUCAGGUGCAAAGGUGGGUGGAGUUGGAGAAGCCGCUGAAGAAGCAGUUGGAUAAAUUCGGCAACGAGCCCAUGCUGUACUUCGGGGUCAUGUUCUAUGUGCCCAAUGUCUCCCGUCUCGAGCAAGAGAUCACCAGGUAUCAGUACUACCUGCAGGUAAAGAAGGAGGUCCUUGAUGGACGCCUUCACUGCACCGUGGAGCAGGGCAUUCGACUCGCCGGUCUGGCUGUCCAGGCUGACUUUGGAGAUUUUACUCAAUAUCUGUCUCAGGAUUUUCUCAGGGAAUAUGUUUUGUUCCCCGUGAACUGGCCCCACGUUGACGAGGUGCUGGAUGAGUGGACUCAGAAAGUGGCUGAAGAACACAAGAGUCAUUAUCAUAUGCAGGCAGCAGAUGCAGAGCUGCUGUACAUUAAAGAGGUGGAGAAACUGGAUGGCUUCGGGCAGGAAAGCUUUGCUGCUAAAGACAACUACACCAAUGACAUCUUCAUUGGAGUUUCGUUUAUCGGUAUCUUUGCCAAGCACAGGAACGGGAGAUCUAUCAUGCUUCACCGGUGGAAGGACAUCGGCACUAUCGGACACAACAAGUCGGCUAUCACCGUGGAGAUAACGAGCAAAGACGACACCAUCAUGUUUCACAUGGACGACAUGGAGAUGGCGAAAUACAUAGCACGCCUCUUUACCACCAGACAUAAGUUUUACAAACAGAACAAGAUCUGCGUAGAGCCGAAUCACUCUCCUGUCACUAUAAGGAGAAGAGCCACCUGGAACAGACAGCCUAGGCCACAGUCCUGUAUUGCACACUAUCAGGAGACUCAGAGCUCACAAGACAGUAUCUUUCACGAGGACCCAUACUGUAAGUCAGAGACAAGUCUGGUGGAGUUUAGUUUCCGAAAUGGCCUGAUUCCUAACGGCAGCAUGUGCAGCAGCCCAAGCGUAAACUCUCUAAAUCGCUCACAGACGUUUGUUCACUCUUCACCCAUGUCUUCGAGCCCCAGUAUCCCUGGGAGUGAGCUCAUGCGGCCUGACUACAUUCCCAGCCACCGGCACUCGGCAAUCAUUCCUCCCUCUUACAGGCCAACACCAGAGUACGAUGCUGUGAUGCGACAAAAACGCUGCCUCCUCCCAAACACACCCAGCAUCGACUGCCACAGCCAAUCACUGCGCAGCCUCAAUAUCAGCAACACAUAUGUUUACCGUCAACCUUCGUUAGUGUACAGUCAGCCGGAAAUGCGGGAGCAAGCCCCAUACCACUCACCUUACGGUGGGGGUGGAGGUCCUCAGCCGGUUUAUGGACUUCAUGCUGCCCCCUCCCCAAAUCACCAGGGUCAGAUGGUACAUUCUACAGCAUCUCAGCCACAAUCUAGUGGUGCUAAUGGCAUCUCGCAUACUGUCAGCACACCGGAGCUGGCCAACACUAAACAGCAAGUAGUUAACAGAACCACCCAUGUGUUUAGGAACCACCAGUCAAGGCCUCCACCCCCUUACUCUGCAACCUUUAGGCCAGCAACCAGCACGCCAGAUUUGGCAAGUCAUCGGCAACGUUGCAUUGGAGGCUCUAGUCCGGAACUGGUGACACGUAAAGUGCAGCUGUCGGUCAAAACCUUUCAGCCAGAUAGCUCAGCUGUAGUACACCAGUCACUACAGGAAGUAAGCGAGCCACUAACAGCCAUGAAGCAUCGUUCUACCCUAGCCAAACGGCACAGCAUGGAAGUUGCAAUGGUCCUCAAGGCAGCCAGUGUAGCGGCUUUGCCUCGAAGGAACACAUUACGUGAGCAAGUCCCACCAUUGAUCCCUCCUCAGCAGGCACAGGUACCUCCUCCUCUGCCACCUCAGCUGGCUGAGGGGCAAAUGCCAAUCCAGAAAUCCUCCAACCCUGACCCAACAUACCAGCAUCAAAAAACAUUCUCUAAUGUCACCAUGCUGAUCCAUAGCAGUGAGAGUGAGGAAGAAGAGGAGGAGUAUAGACCCGAGUUGGACGUUCACAUCCCAGGCCUGAACGAGGACAUCAGUGCUCAACUGCAGGCAGCACUUGCUAACAUCCCUAACAAACCUCCUCCAGAAUACCCGGGACCACGGUCCAGCAGCAGCAACAUUGCACUUAGACACCACAAACAGGACCAGAGCCGAGGUUCUCCAGAUGCAGCACAGGUGCAAACGCAUGUCGAUGCAGGAGGGCACCGCGGGAGGCAAAGUCCAAGCCGUAUGGAGGCGGUGGGUUUGAGUGGGGCGACUCUGGGACCAUCCAUCUCUGAGCCUGACCUUACCAGCGUAAAGGAGAGAGUGAGGAAGGAGCCGGUGAAAGAGAGACCUGUUUCCGAGAUGUUUGCCAUCGAGGACAGCAUUGUGGAGAGAGAGAUUGCACAGAGGACUUUGGAAAGGCAGAAGAUGUCCGUGGACUCGGUCAAGAGGCCUCUGAUGAUGGCCGCUCUCAACGGCCUCUACGUGACCCGCAUGCCUGUUCCAGAAAACCCACGUGAGGACGUGUCCUCAAAGGCCAACACGGACGAAAUGUGUAAGCAUCUGGAGCUGAGGCUGGAGGAGGAGCGGAUCCUUGCCGAAUACGAGCAGAUCCCUAAAAAAAGAUCCGAGUGUAACCUCGCAACAGCGACACUGCCAGAUAACACGGAGAGGAACCGGUUCCGUGACGUGGUUCCGUAUGAGGAGAACCGUGUUGAGCUGGUACCAAACAAAGAGAACAACACGGGCUACAUUAACGCUUCCCACAUCAAGAUGCUGAUCAGAGGGGAAGAGUGGCAUUAUAUUGCAACACAGGGCCCUCUUCCCAACACUUGCCACGAUUUCUGGCAGAUGGUCUGGGAGCAAGGGGUCAAUGUCAUUGCCAUGGUUACCGCAGAAGAGGAGGGAGGUCGUUCUAAAAGUCACAGGUACUGGCCGAAACUGGGCUCAAAACAUAACUCGGCCACCCACGGAAAGUUUAAGGUCACCACCAAAUUCCGUACAGACUCAGGAUGCUAUGCGACAACAGGGUUAAAGGUCAAGCAUCUGCUGUCUGGCCAGGAGCGGACCGUGUGGCACCUGCAGUACACUGACUGGCCCGAGCACGGCUGCCCUGAAUAUGUUCAGGGCUUCCUCGCAUACCUGGAGGAGAUCCAAUCUGUGCGACGUCACACCAACAGCAUGCUGGACGCCUCGAAGAACCCCAAGCCGCCAGUCGUGAUCCACUGCAGCGCUGGAGUUGGACGCACCGGAGUGGUUAUUCUCACCGAGCUCAUGAUCAGCUGCCUGGAGCACAACGAGAGGGUGGAGGUCCCGGUGAUGUUAAAUCAUUUGAGACAACAGAGGAUGUUGAUGGUUCAAACCGUCACUCAGUACAACUUUGUGUAUCAGGUUUUGAUCCAGUUUUUGAAGAACACCAGACUCAUCUGAGUCAGACUGUGUGUGUGUGUGUGUGUGUGUGUGUGUGUGUGUAUAUAUGUCUGGGUAAAGUGUUUACUGGGUAUUAACUUCCUAGUCUUAACUCGUUGCCUUAAACACAACGGCUGCUCAUCUCUGGACCAACAUAAUUCCGAACAGAAUCUUCUGUCCUCAGUAAAUGAGUGGAGAAACACCUGUAUAAUUGUUUAUUAUCUUAUUAAUAUUUUUCAUUUUGUUUGUCUUGGAGGACAGCACCUAUAUGUCACGAUUUCUUUAUAAAAAAAAGAAAAAAAUGUGCUAUUAUCCAGGCUAUAAGUUACUUUACAUACAGUAACACACCCACUAGAAAUUUAGUCUGCAUAAAGAGUUAGAAUUAAAAUACGGUAUGAAGUAAGGAAUAAAUGACUUGUGGGUGUGUUGAUACCGGAAAAUAAUCAACACCAGAGCGAUACAGAUUUUUUAAAACCAGCACAUUGUGAAGUGUUUUAUUCCUUUUAUACAACAUCAGUUUGCAAUGCGAACAACAAUUUUAUUUAUUAAAGAACAAACAAUCUUGCCGAAAUACAUAUCUGACAUGACAAGAAGUAAACCAGAAGGCUAUAAUCUUUAUUUGAUAAACCUCAAAAUUAAAAACAUUAGAAACGCACUGAACAUUCAUGACGUGUGUUAUUCACGAACAUGCGGCCUUGUUUAAAAUGCUUGCGCCAUUCAAAUGUUUUACUGCUAUGGGUCUCAUCAGCGUACUGAGUUUUAAGUCUUCUGUAAAUGUUGAUCACCUUAUUUAACAUUAACACCUUCAUUCACCAGAACUUUCAUCACAAGUCGCAGUUUGACUUGAACCCCCUUGCAUGGGCGCUCACGCUCAUUCACACACUAUGCCCAAUUUGGGAAUGGCAAUUAGCCUAAUCAGCAUGUCUUUGGAUUGUGGGAAUACACCGGAGAACCUGGAGGAAACCCACCAAGCUUGGGGAGAACAUGCAAACUCUAUGCACACAGACCCAGAGACAGGACUCGGAACCGAGGCAGGACCCUGGAGGGACAAGGCGGCGGUGCAAACCACUAAGCUACUGUGCCGCCUAUGCAAAAUUACAUUUUUUAAUAAAGAUGGGGCUGUGUGUGUGUGUGUGUGUGUGUGUGUGUGUGUGUGUGUAUGUGAACAAACGAAAAUAUAAAAUUUUUGCAUUUGUGAUCUCGGCAUAAACAAGUCAACCAUAUUUUUGACGAUUCCCCCUUCCCCAGAUUGUUGCUCACUUCUGCUCUUAUCUGGCAAGGCAUGGUUUGGCAGUAACUCAUUUAAAUACACACUGAAGCAACAUAUUUGCAAGAGGACUGAAACAAGGGAGAUGUAAAAUUGGGAAAAUGCAUUAUCCAAGGGAUAUUUUAGCUAGACUGAGACCUGUGUUUAUUUGUUGAAGAAAUAGUAAAAUACGUAUUGAAAAAAAACAACAACAACAACAACUAUAAAAUAUGAUCGGGGUGCCCAAACCAUUGUAUGCAACUUUCUGUGUAUUAAGAUAACAGCUGUUCAAUAAUUCUAAUACAAAGUAAUUUAACAAACAUGAAGAAGAUCUUCACAGCAACUUAUAGUCUGGAGAAUGCAUUAUAUGCUAUUUAAUUUUUGUAUUAUACUUUUAUUUAUUAUUUUUCAUGUAUUUCCUUUCUUUAGGUCAUGUUUUGUGUCUCUGUGUUCAGUAAAAACAAUUCUUUUUUUCUUUACAGAGGUUGAAAACAUUAAAUGGCCAUGUUGUUUUUCAUCAACAGUUAAGUGCAUUUUAUUAGGUCUUAUUCUUUCACACAGUUUGCAGGUGAAGCUAAGCUAAUUCCGUUUCAUUCAUAUUCAUUUUGAAGAGAUUGUGAUGAAAGGAAAAGGUGUUCCGUCUAUAAGCGUUGUUUAUCUUGACUAUGGCAUUAUUGUUUACUUAUUUUCAUGGUAAAAAAAAAGAAAUUUAAAAACAUAUAGACAUUCAUAUUUACACAAAAACUUUGGAUGUGGGUGGAAUCAUCUUGGAAAACAUCAUAACCAUGAUAUAUAUGAUAUAUAUUAUACAGUACUGUGCAAAAGUCUUAGGCACAUGCAAAUAAAUGCUAUGAAGCAGUUAUGGGACAACACAUUGAGGACGCUUUAGUCUCAGGUAUAAUUUGUGCAGAUUUGUAAGGAAAUUAGCAAUUUAUAAUCUUUAAUGAGCGUCCUGCAUGACCACCCACAGUUCUUCUGAUCACUUUGACUGUUGUAUCUACUUCUUUUUACAUGCAAAACACAGUGUGUCACUUAUUUACAGUAAAUUUCUUUUUUCUUUUUAACAUACAAGUAUUUUAUGAAACUGUUGGAAUACCAAUGUUUGGAAAUCCAAAAUGUUGUUGUGCUAACUUAAUAACAGAGUCUUAAAAAAUAUAUAAUAAUAAUAAUAAUAAUAAUAACAAAUAAUACGUUCAGGUUUAAAAGACAGGGUGCCUAAGACUUUCGCACAGUAUUGUAUUGAUUUGCAGCUGCUUUGUAAUGGGAAGCAUAUUACUUUUGGGACAAAGUUUUGGAAACAACAAGAAAUGAAUAAAUGCCCCAUUGCAUAGGAAUUUAUUCUACAGCUGAUCACCAGAACGUUCCAAUUCACAUUUAAAAGGAAAUACAGAAAUAUUAGGAAGUUCACAAUGUACAGAUAAUAAUAAUAAUAAUAAUAAUAAUAAUAAUAAUUUAAGGCUACAUUAAUGUAUGUUACCUAUAUUGUAGAAGCCAAGUUGAGGUGCACAACCUUUCAUUGCUUUGUCUUUUUGUAGAUUGUAGCCAUUAAAUGAUUGAGCACUAAGAAUGUGUUCAUGUUUAUUAGAGAAGUCAAACAAUCAUUUUAAGAUGAUAAAAUGCUAGCACUUCAGUGCAUUGUUUUUGUUUGUUUAUUUCGUACUUUCAGUUGUUGCAUUUUGUUUUAUGGUCGUAGCUGUAUAUAUUGUGUGUAGAGAAAUUGAGCCACAUUUUCAAUAUGUUCCCUUUGCAGUGCACUAGUGAAGUGCCCUAAGCCAGUAUAUUAGUGCCUUACUGAACAUAAAGAAUGUCUGGAGCGACCCACUUUACUUUACUUUACUUUACUUUACUUUACUUAGCUCUGGUCUAGUUUAGAAAUUCACUUUCUAACUGAAAUUCAGUUCUAAACACUUAGUUUUUAGAACCAAUUAGUGGGUCAAUCAGUUCGUUUGAAUCACUAUGUUUUAGAUUUCUCUUUUAUAAUGAUAUGCUAAAAGAAAAUAACGCAACUAAGCUGUGUCAAAUUUCAUUAGCUUACUUCGAUAUGAAUGUUUCAAAUUCUGAUACGACUUGGUACUAUUUAAUACCAUAAAAAAGAAAACUAUGCAUGUUUAUAUAUAUAUAUAUAUAUAUAUAUAUAUAUAUAUAUAUAUAUAACUACUUGUAUAUAAGCAUACACAUUAAAAGUAUAAGCUUGUGUUAGCUCUUGUAUUUGUAACGUGUGUUUUUGCCAAUGUUUUUACAACGACAGUAUUUUUUCCUACGUGGCAUUCCAGUCUUCCAGCAGGUCUCUCUCUCUCUCUCUUUAAGUUCUUACUCAUUUCUUACUCAUUUGUUAUUAAUUACCAAAUGUCUUUACUUUCCAAAUUUUUACUUAAUUAUGUACAUAAUUUUGUUUAUGCUGUUUAUUUUUUUUUCAAAAUGAAAACUUUUUUUUUUCAGAUCUGUCAUGCCUAUUACACAAUAAAGCCUUAUUUUCUCAGUU